AAGCAACUAAUCUGUGAGAAGAUGGUUUUCAAGUCUCAGCACCUCAACGGGACAGCGGUGAGCCACUUCCUCCUGCAAGGUCUGCUGUACACAGCGGAGCACCCUAGCCUCUUCUUCCUCCUCUUCCUUCUCAUCUACAGCAUCACGGUGACUGGGAAUCUCCUCAUUCUCCUCACUGUAGCCUCUGACCCGCACCUCCACUCCCCCAUGUACCAUUUCCUGGGCCACCUCUCCUUCCUGGAUGCCUGCUUGUCUACAGUGACAGUGCCCAAGGUCCUGGCAGGCCUACUGACCCCCGAGGAGAAGCUGAUCUCCUUCCAAGGCUGUGCUGUACAACUUUACUGCUUUCACUUUCUAGCCAGCACCGAGUGCUUCCUGUACACGGUCAUGGCCUACGAUCGCUACCUGGCCAUCUGUCAGCCUCUGCACUACCCAGUGGCCAUGAGCAAACGGAUGUGCGCGGGGCUGGCAGGGAUCACCUGGGCUGUAGGUGCGGCGCACUCGGCCGUGCAUACCUCCCUCACCUUCCGCCUGCACUACUGCGGCCCUCACCAUAUCGCCUAUUUCUUCUGCGACAUCCCCCCUGUGCUGAAGUUGGCCUGUGCGGACACCACCAUUAAUGAGCUUGUCAUGCUUGCCAACAUUGGCAUAGUGGCUGCAGGCUGCCUGCUCCUCAUUGUCACCUCCUACGUCUUCAUCGUGGCUGCUGUGCUGCGCAUGCGCACCGCGGAGGGCCGGCAGAGGGCCUUCUCCACCUGCUCGGCCCACCUCACCGUGGUGCUCCUGUACUACCUGCCGCCUGUCUGCAUCUACCUGCAGCCGCACUCCAGCGGGCCCGCCGCGGGGGCGCCCGCCGUCUUCUACACCAUCAUCACCCCUAUGCUCAACCCUUUCAUUUACACGUUGCGGAACCAAGAGGUGAAGCGGGCACUGGGGAGGCGGCUCUGUCCAGGCCCCUGA